AUGUGCACAGGGAAGUGUUCCAGAUUCAUAGCCAUCGCGCUGUACCCACUGGCCUUGGUGUCUGUCAUCUGUAACAUAAUGCUCUUCUUUCCUGGUUGGGAGACCAAAUGGGUUUCGGAGGAGGGAAACGGAGAAAAUCGCAUCACCCCGGAGGUCAAAUACAUGGGCGGGCUCAUUGGAGGAGGAAUCAUGGUGCUGGUCCCAGCAAUCCACAUCCACUUAACUGGAAAGAAAGGGUGCUGUGCUAACCGCUGUGGGAUGUUCCUGUCCAUUGGGUUCGCUGCACUAGGUGUUGCUGGUGCCAUUUACAGUCUAUCUGUGGCAUCUGUGGGGCUGGCGAACGGGCCUGUGUGCUCUGUAAAAGGAACCUGGACUAGACCAUUCCUAAACGAUAGCGGCAGUUACCUGAGCGACCGUGAAUCCUGGGCAGUGUGCACGGAGCCAAAGGACGUGGUGGAGUUUAACCUUGGGCUCUUCGCCACCCUUCUCCUGGUAGCCUGUGUGGAACUGCUGCUCUGUGGUUUCCAGAUGGUGAACGGACUCUUCGGCUGCCUGUGUGGUACCUGCAAUGAAAAAUAG